AUGGAUAAACAAAAUCGAUGGCAAGUGCUUGUAAUAUUAUUUUUAAUAAUUGCAACAAUAACAUCUGGAAUUAAUGGAGCGCCGAAUGGAUCGGGAUCGGAAUCGGGAUCGGGUAGUUGCGGAGCCUACGAGUGCCGGAUGAGUAAUCCGAUCUGCAGGUGCGAGUCCUUCUGCCAGGAGUGGAGCCAACGCUGCUGGAAGUCACCCACCGGAUGCCAUUGUGCCCGGGGCUAUGCCCGGGAUAACCACGGCAACUGUAUACCCCUCACCCUGUGUCCCUAAUAAUCGGUUCUAUAAUUAAAUCCCCAGCUGCAUAAUGUUUACAAAUUGUAUAUUAAUUGAGUUAAAUUUAGCGAA